CCUCCUUUGAACACAAACAUGUUCUGAGUUCUUGACUGCAGGACAGUCAGCAGGAGCUUCUCAGCCUCCAACAGACCUGUUUGGUUCCAGAACCAGUUUAAUGAUAAAACCAGUAUGAUUGAAGUAGUUUUUUGAGAGAUCCAGUUUAGUGAGAGGAACAUGAACGUGGAUGUCUCUCACCUGCAGAUCUGACCUCUGGUUUUUUCCACUCAAGGAUCAGCUGCAAAGAACCGAUGGCAGAACCAGGGAGGGGCUCUGAAGACCCAAAUGACUUGGAUCCAAUGACUGCAGGUGGAAGGCCCGGUUGUUCCGGCUUAACCACUAAGGAGCUUCAAAAGAACUUGAAGCUGGAAAAGCAAAAUGAGCGACCUGUCCGGUUGCUGUUUGAGAUCCCAUCGAGUCGAGUUGUGGAGCAGCUGCUGAACAAACAUGUGGUGUAUCAGAUCGUGGUGAUGCGCUCUGGCAGCUUUGAUUCCUGCCGUGUUUCCGUAGAACGCCGCUACAAUGACUUCUUCCAGCUUCACCGCAAACUGUUGGAGGAGUUUAAUGAAGAGCUGGAGGAUGUUCUUCUGCCCCGGAAACUUUUGACACGGAAUUUCAACCCUGAGAGCAUCUUGGAGCGGCGCCUGGCCCUCCAGGACUACUUGGCCAAGUUGUUCGCCACCCGCUGUGUCAGACACUCCGCUCACUUCUCGGAGUUCUUCACUGAGCACGAGCAGAAGCAGGCCCAUGUGCUCCUGCGAGCUGGGCAGUUCACGGCGGCUCUGGAGCUGCUGCAGACGGUUUUGGAGAUCCAGGAAAAGCUAUUGCCAUGGCAGAAGUCCACCCUGACGGUCCCCGCCCUGUCUGCCAUCGCAGUAUGUUACCGGGACCUGGAUGAGCCAGAGCAGGCGUUUUCAGCUGCUCAGCGAGCUCUCCCUCCAGUGAGACGCUAUGGACUGAAGCACUACAGAGCGGCGCUGCUGGAGCUACUGGUGGACCUGGGGUACCAGCUGGGACGUCCCGUGGCUCAGCUGCAGGAUGAGCUGACAGCCCUCAGAAACGGUGAGAGAGGGGAAGUGUGCUUCCAAUCCCUGAAGGAGGUGGUGAUCCACAAGUUCAUCUAAGGAAGAGCAAGAACCCAAAUUUACAGUACCUAAGGACCUGUAAAGAGAAAGUGUGGUUCAAAUAAGAACCUUUUAACAGAAUGUGUAAAUUGCCUAAGAACCUGAAACAGGAGCAAAGACCUUAAAACAACAUUUGAGUCCACUGAGAUCAUUAAAUAGAAAUGUUUGAAAUAACUGGGAACCUAAACCAGGAAUGUUAGAGUUCCUGAGAACAUCUGAAACACUUGAGAACCUGAACGAAAGCUGUUUGACCCAACUAAAAACUUGGAAAUGAGAAUUGACUGGAAACCUGAGACUUGAUGCCAAAUGAAAUAGUUUCAUGCAGCUGAAACUUGUGAAUAAAAAUAAUUUCUAAAACGGACCCAAACCCAAAACAUCAGCUGUGAUCCCCAAGAACAAUAGAGCUAUUAGGUGGUCAACAGGUCUUUCUCUUCUUCUGUUUGUAAAACAAUCUAAAAGAGGAAAUGGCUCCAUCUAUUGGACUGAGGUGUGAGUGUUUCCUGCCCGUCCUGUUCUCAGAAGUUCUUCCUGUGUUCUGUUUCAUCUGUCCUACACCUGCAUGUUAGGGAAGAAAUUCUUCUUUUUGUUGUUGUUAUCCCAGAGCUCCUUUAAUAUUCAGUUAAUUUGGUCAAUAAUGAUCAAUCUGACCUUCGUGUUUUAGCUGGUUCUAACUAUCAAUUACUGGCGAUGUCAGCUUUAAAAAACAUCCAGACAUUUCUCUCAUUUCUCAAAAGGUUAAGAUCAACUUGAUAUGAAGCACUUCAUAAAGUGAAGAACAUUAUGGAGAACCCUGAGCAUCCUCUUCAUCAGACUGUCCUACAACAACAGAGUGUCUUCAGUCAGAGGCUUCUUCAGAUCUGCUGUAAGACGGAGCGCUACAGGAGAUCCUUCCU